AUGACCGAUCUAACGCCUACACUCAAUGGCCUGCUUUCCAAGCAAGGCUCAUCCAUCCCAAAGCCCAUCUCAAAAACCGCCGACGAGUUUCUGAAAGAAGCCUACCGAAUCAACUCACACAUCACCUCCCUCCUCAAAUACCUCCAAUCAAUCCGUCACUCCUACCUCUCAACAACCCAACGCCGCCAAAAUGCCCAAUCCCAAUCCCAGACCCAGACUCUCACCGACCCCGAACGCGACGCAGUCGACACCUCAACCGCCCUCCUCCUCCGCGAUCUAGCAACCUCAAUCGCAAACCUCUCUUCAGCAGAGUCCCUCCGCCAAGAAACAACCUCAACCCUCCUCCGCAAGAAAUACGGCCACUCCGCCGCCGGCGCCGCACUAUGGCGCUGGGCAGGCGACAGCGGGACCAAGUCCGCCGAACAACUGCGCGCAGAGGAAACAGCCCGCUCAACAACCACCGUCCGUGAAGCCGUACUAUGGUACCUGCGACGCGGACUCGAAGGCGCAGCAGGCGCGCAGCGGAGAAUGGUCGAAAAGCGAAUCGAGCGAGUACGGGAGAAGGAGAAAAGUGUUCUCUACAAGGGGUCAGGAUCGGGCGCGGGUCCAGCGCCAGACGCAGCGGUUCUGAGCGAGGCGGAUACGGCGCAGAUUGAAGCGCAGCUUUCGCCGGAACAGUUGCAGCUUUUUGCGGAGGAGAAUGAUACUAUGCUUAGGCAUUAUGAGGAUACGCUUGGGAAGGUCCAAAAUGCCGAGAAAUCGCUGCUGGAGAUUUCGUCGUUGCAGGAAACUUUGGUGACGCAUCUUGCUACGCAGGAGGAAUAUAUCUCGCAGCUUGUUUCGGAUGUUGAUACGACGCAGACGAAUGUCGGGCAGGGAAAUCGGGAGCUGAAGAGGGCUACCGAGCGGAGGAGUACGGCUCAAGCUGUCUUCUGGGGUACUGUUGGGCUGUGCACUUGGCUUGUGGUUUGGGAUUUGGUCUUUUAG